AUGGCGCAGGACGACCAUAUCACCCCGAUUCAGCCGACUCGCAAUGAUCCCAUCAAGGAGAAAGCGGCCCAAUUUCUGGCCACCGUAAACGAAGACCGUACCUUCACAGUCGAGGAGGAAAAGGCCGUGUUGAGACGGAUCGACCGGCGCGUCCUCCCUUUGCUGUUAGGAGCAUACUUCUUCCAGCAGCUCGACAAAUCGUCCCUCUCGUACGUUUCCAUCUUUGGCAUCGUGGAGGAUGCAAACCUCCAUGGCAAGCAGUAUUCAUGGCUGGGGUCAAUUUUAUAUCUGGCGCAGCUAGUCAUGCAGCCUAUUGCCGCGUUGCUACUGGUCAAAUUGCCCACGGGGAAGCUGAUCGGAUCGGCGGUGUUUCUCUGGGGAAGCUCCCUUGCUAUCAUGGCCGCUUGCACGAACUUUCCCAGUCUGCUAGGAUUACGAUUUACUCUCGGCGCAUUUGAAGCCAUGAUCGCCCCUUCCUGCGUGGCCGUCACGCAAAUGUGGUGGAGACGAGGCGAACAGACACUCCGGACAGCCUUCUGGAACGGAAUGAACGGCGUGACCUUUAUCAUCGGCAGCUUGUUCACCUACGGACUGGGCCAUAUCCACAGCGACAGUCUAUUCUCAUACCAGAUCAUCUUCAUGUUCUGCGGUCUCCUGACGGUCGCCUACUCCUUCCUCAUUUUCAUCUUUAUGCCCGACUCUCCCAUGGAAGCGAAGUGUCUCAGCGACCGUGAAAAAGUGAUUGCUGUCGAGCGGCUCCGCGCCAACCAGAUGGGGAUCAUUUCGCGGGAAUGGCGAUGGGAUCACGUCUGGGAGACAUUCUACGAUCUCAAAACGUGGUGCUGGUUUUUUCUCGUCGUGUCGAUAUCAAUCCCAAGCGGGGGCAUCAGUACAUUCGGCAACCUCAUCAUCAAAUCCUUUGGGUAUAACAGCUUCGAAACCAUUCUCUUCAAUAUUCCAUUUGGCGUUAUUCAGAUCAUUGCCAUCAUCGGCGGGGGCUGGCUAGCCACUCGAUUCCAGCGCAAGGGUCUGGUCAUCGUGGGAUUUGCGCUCAUCGCUGCCGUUGGAACCUUGCUCAUGAUUGUUGUCCCGAGGGAGCAGAAGGGGGUGCUCUUGUUCGGAUACUACCUGGUAUCGUGCCUGGCGGCCAUCACGCCGUUGAUAUAUGCGUGGGAGGCACAGAAUACCGCAGGCGAUACGAAGAGAAAAUGCACGUCGGCAGUGGUCUUGGUGGGAAUGUGUGCAGGAAAUGUCAUUGGCCCCCAGCUAUAUUCCACAUCACAGGCGCCACUCUAUCGUCCCGGGUUGAUUUCGAAUCUGAUAAUGUUUGUUAUCGUAGCAGGGUUUUCUAUAAUGACAAACCUCUACCUGGUGUACCUGAACAGGAAACAGGCGAAGAGAAGACGUGAACUCGGCAAGUCCGCUCACAUUGUGGACGAGUCGAUGCUCAGCAAGAAGCAUCUGGAGGGUAAGGCAUUGGAACUUGAGGAGGUCGCUCCUGCACCACCGGCUCCGACCGAGGACAAAGGCUUCUCUGACACCACGGAUCUGAAGAAUGAGGAUUUCAUCUAUGUGUAUUAG